AGCGACGGCGUGGGUUCGCUUGAGUGACACAAUUAUAACAAGUUUGAGCUGGAGAGCGAGGGCCAACUUUACCGUAGCGACACUAACGGUUCUUCGCGGAAACCGGAGCGGUUGUCGGCCUGCACGCCCGCUGCAGUACCGCUGGGAGUAGGAGAGGAAUUUGCGCGGAAAACAAUGUGAGAAAGAAGGAGCUGCUGCUGAAGGAGAGUCUCUUUUCCUGACGGAUUUGCCACCUUAUUCUUUCGGGUCUGGGAUCGGCGCGGACGUGCCGGCGGCGCUGGUAGACUAAUCUGGCCGAGUUCCUCCCCCGCUCGCCCCGCUUGCCCUAUGAAAUCGUGCGGGGUGUCGCUGGCCGCUGCAGCCUGCGCUGCUGCUCCGAGCCUCGGCGCUGCUGGCGAUGAUGAUGAGGAAAAGAAAAUGGCGGCGCGAAAAGCGAGUGAAACCGAAGAGGACUUUCCAAAGCUCAGCGCGCAGGAGAGGGAGCGCCUGGUCGCCAUUGACAGCUCACUGUUUGGAUUUCAGAGGCUUCAUGAAGAUGGCGCCAGAACGAAGGCCUUGCUGUUAAAGGCCAUUCGCUGCUAUGAUGCCUACAUCCUAAAAGCUGAAGGAAAAGUUGAACCUGAGGUGUUUUGCCAAUUGGGGCAUUUCAACCUUUUACUAGAAGAUUACCCUAAAGCAUUAUCUGCAUACCAGAGGUACUACAGUUUACAGUCGGAUUACUGGAAGAAUGCUGCAUUUUUAUAUGGUCUUGGGAUGGUUUACUUCCAUUACAACGCAUUUCAGUGGCCAGUGCAGCCCACCUCUUCAGAUGCCUAUCCUGGACAGAGAAGGGCGAUAAAGGCUUUUCAGGAGGUGCUUUACAUUGAUCCCAGCUUCUCAAGAGCCAAGGAGAUCCAUCUGCGGCUGGGGCUGAUGUUCAAAGUUAACACAGACUUCGAGUCGAGCCUGAAGCAUUUUCAGCUGGCUUUGAUUGACUCAACACCCUGCACUUUGUCCAAAGCUGAAAUUCAGUUCCACAUUGCUCAUUUAUAUGAAAUUCAGAAGAAGUACCGUGCAGCCAAGGAAGCCUACGAAAGUCUGUUACAAACAGAGGAUCUUCCAGCACAGGUGAAGGCAACUACCCUCCAACAGCUGGGCUGGAUGCAUCACACAGUAGAGCAGCUAGGAGAUAAAGCCAACAAGGACAGCUAUGCUAUUCAGUGUCUGCAGAAGUCUCUGGAAGCAGACUCCAACUCUGGGCAAUCGUGGUACUUCCUGGGCAGGUGCUACUCCAGUAUUGGAAAGGUCCAGGAUGCAUUCAUCUCUUACCGACAGUCCAUUGACAAGUCAGAGGCCAGUGCUGAUACGUGGUGUUCAAUAGGAGUGUUGUAUCAGCAGCAGAACCAGCCAAUGGAUGCCCUUCAGGCAUAUAUAUGUGCAGUACAGUUGGACCACAGCCACGCAGCCGCCUGGAUGGACCUGGGCACGCUCUACGAAUCUUGCAACCAGCCGCAGGACGCCAUCAAGUGCUACUUUAACGCCACCUGCAGCAAGUCCUGCACCAACAUCACUGCCCUCACUUCUCGGAUUAAGUGUCUACAGGCUCAGUUGUGUAAUCUGCAACAAGGUAGUCUACCGAGUAAAAGUAAAGUACUUCCUAGUAUUGAGGAGGCGUGGAGCCUGCCAAUCCCAGCAGAGCUUACCUCCAGACAGGGAGCCCUGAACACAGCACAGCAGCAAACAUGUAAAGCUAAUCUGUGUGGUGAAGGCCAAGGCCAGCUUCCCAGUCAAUCCCUGCCUCCACACGUUCUCUCCCCCACUCAGGGGGAUGAUGAUCAUUCCAGCCCUGCCAAGAGGAAAAGAACCACCAGCCCAUCCAAGAACUCUUUAGAUUCUUGGACACACAACCCAGUCCAGCACCAAAUCCCCAAUUGGUACCUAACUCCCCAGAAGCUUCAGCUGCUGGAACAGUUAAGAGCCAACAAGGCGAACCUGAACCCAGUGCAGCUGAAGAUGUUGGAGAAGUUGGAAAAGCAUCUUGUACUUAUGCAGCAGCAUCAGCAGAUUAGACUAAAUGCUGCUGUUGAAGUGCGGCCCACCUUAUCCAACGGCCCUUCAGCCGACCCCUCACUGCCGGAUUCAAACUCUCUCUCCUCGCCUCAACACCCACAUGUCUCACUUUCUCACACGUCCCCAACAUCCCAGCCCUCAGCCUCUUCCCCCUGCUCUCUCCAACCAAUGGCCAACGGACCUGUCGCUGCAAGCCCCUCCCCCUGCAGCACUGCUGGUGCCCUGGGUCACACAGAAAGACACUCUGUGGGCAAUAAUCAUAUACCAGGACAGGGGAGCAACGGAAAUGUGCCUUACCUACAGCAAAACGCACUACCUCAUACGUGUUCAACCCCCACCAGCAGCGGCAGCAGUGUGAACGACCAGCCGUGGAAAAGCCAACAUACCAACUUCACUCAGGGGCUUAAGAAAAGUCCAGGUUCGCAUUUGGCAGGUCCUAAUGGAGAGCAGCCUAUAUCUUCCACUGGGACUUCUCCGCCUACCCAGGCAGCCGGUAUCGGCGCUUUGAAUCUACACGGACAUUCCGGCAUGUCCAGCGGCGCGCCAGCACAGGAGACUUCCCACAAUCACCUUCCCUCCCCCCCUCCGCCGCACUCUGCUACCUCAGGUGGACAGCAAGGCACCGCAGCCUUGACCAAAGAGAGCAAGCCUUCAGAAAACGGGCAUUCCACGGGGACGCCUGACAGCACUGCCACUGCGGGACUGCCUAAUCACGUCCAUCAGGGCUUGGCAGAUGCUGCCACAGCGGAGCCCCGCUCACCAGGUGUACUUAGUUCAGACAAUCCUCAGCUCUCGGCCUUGUUGAUGGGAAAAGCUAAUAGUAGUGAUAAUAGUAACGACAGUGGCGUGGUGAUGGCUGCUGGCACAAAGAUGAACAGCAUUCACCUGGGCCUGCACACGGGCUCUAAGACCCAGGAAAGCUCUGUGGCCUCCUCGCCCUGCUCCGCCAUGUCCACAGCCACGCCCUCACCCAAAUCCACGGAGCACCACGCCACCCACAACAGUGUUGGCAGCCUUAACAGCCCAAAACUCAACGGCAAGGGCCUGGAGGACUCCCAAAGCCCCAUGAAAGUGGACUCUCCUCUGGUCUGCUGUAAACAAUCACCCCCUUCGUUUGCUCCGUGGUCCUCUGUCUCCAUCUACCCCAGCUCCACCCAGGUGCUCAAAGCCUGCAGAAACCUUGGGAAGAAUGGAAUAACCAGCAACAGCGUGUUAUUGGACAAAUGUCCUCCUCCCAGAGUUCCACCUUCGCCUUUUCCUCCGCUACCAAAGGACAAGCUCAAUCCUCCCACCCCUAGUAUAUAUUUGGAGAGCAAGAGGGACGCCUUCUUUCCUCCUCUACACCAGUUCUGCACGAACCCAAACAACCCUGUUACGGUCAUCCGAGGCCUUGCUGGAGCACUGAAGCUGGACCUGGGCCUGUUCUCCACUAAGACGCUUGUGGAGGCCAAUCCGGAUCACCUGGUUGAGGUGAGGACUCAGUUCUCUCAGCCCACCGACGAGAACUGGGACCUGAUGGGCAGCAGGAAGACGUGGCGGUGCGAGAGCAGCCGCUCACACACCACCAUCUCCAAAUACGCCCAGUACCAGGCCUCGUCCUUCCAGGAGUCCCUGCGGGAGGAGAAUGAAAAGAAAGGGCAGAAAGAGCAUUCGGAUACAGAAUCUGCUUCUGUAGAAAAUUUGGUACGGAGAAGAAGGGGUCCCUUUAAGCACAUCAAGUUCGGAACCAACAUCGACUUGUCAGAUGAGAGAAAGUGGAAGCUGCAGCUGACGGAGUUGAGUAAGCUGCCUGCGUUUGCUCGCGUGGUGUCUGCAGGGAACCUGCUCAGUCACGUGGGCCACACCAUCCUGGGCAUGAACACAGUCCAGCUCUACAUGAAGGUUCCUGGCAGCAGGACUCCAGGUCAUCAGGAGAACAACAAUUUCUGUUCUGUGAACAUCAACAUCGGCCCUGGAGACUGUGAAUGGUUUGCUGUACCGGAGACAUACUGGGGAGUUAUGAAUGAUUUCUGCGAGAAAAACAACAUCAAUUUCCUGAUGGGAUCUUGGUGGCCGAACCUGGAAGACCUGUAUGAAGCUAAUGUUCCGGUGUACCGGUUCAUCCAGCGGCCGGGGGACAUGGUCUGGCUCAACACGGGCACGGUGCACUGGGUCCAGGCCAUCGGCUGGUGCAAUAACGUGGCCUGGAACAUAGGCCCUCUCACUGCCCAUCAGUAUAAGCUGGCAGUGGAGCGUUACGAGUGGAACAAAUUCCAAAGUGUCAAAUCCAUCGUUCCCAUGAUUCACCUCUCCUGGAACCUGGCCCGAAACAUCAAAGUGUCCGACCACAAGCUCUUCGAGAUGAUCAAGUACAGCUUGUUGAGGACGCUGAAGCAGUGUCAGAUGCUCAGGGAGGCUCUGAUAGCUGCAGGCAAGGAUCUGGUGUGGCACGGGAGAUCGAGGGAUGAGCCUGCACAUUACUGUAGCAUUUGUGAGGUUGAGGUUUUUAACCUCCUGUUUGUCACCAGUGAGAGCAACUCGCGGAAGACGUAUGUGGUGCACUGUCAGGACUGCGCGCGGCGAGGCAGUCCCGACCUCGACAACUUUGUAGUUCUGGAGCAGUAUAAGAUAGAGGAUCUCACACAGGUCUACGACCAGUUCACAUUAGCCUCACCUCUGCCAUCCUCCACGUCUUGACAUUAACAUUAACAGUUCUAUGGGGGAGAACCUCUGGAACGCAACAGAACUCUUUCUGAUAUUCAGGAACCUAAAGUGACCCAGUUCCACACCACUGGUUUGUGUAGCAAAUCCCAUAAGGCUGCUGGCUCCAAGCUGUAUUUCUAUGCAACCCUGCCAAGUACGGAGCGUCACCCCCACCGGACAGGAGGGGGGCGGGGCUCCGUCUCUGUUCUGACUGUUCCGGCUGGCUCAGCACCGCUCCCUUUGAGGAAAUUAAAGACAAACUAUAAUAAAGAAUGGACAAAUUAGUUAAUAAAUAAUAAAUUGUGUAAAUAUCACAACUGGCAAAACUCACUCAAACUACUGAUGUGUGUUACCGUUUCCUUUUUUUUUUUUUUUUUAAUCUCGUUUUGUUUUUCAGUUCCUUUGUACUCUUUAUCAUGUAUGAGCUUAUAUACAUGGCCCUAUUUUCUGCAGUCUCUUUUUCCACUAAAUAAGAACUAGCAUAGCUGCUGGUCUUUCUUAGCUAAAUCUAUUUUGGCAACAGAACUGAAAGAUUGAGAAUUAAAAUGUGAAGGUAAUUAUUUUUUUUACGGUUUAUAUGUUUGUCCUCUUUUUAAUAGUAAGAAGAAGAAAAAAAACAGCCACAAAGUCAAAAAGAAAAAUGGGUUGCACAUAGCUGAGGAGUACUUUAAUUUGUGUUUUUUUUUUUUAAUGUUUCUAAUCUUGUUGUAAAUUUACACUAUUUAUAAAUGCAUAUUUAUUGCUUGAAAAUAUUUGUUGAUGGAAUGCUGUUAUUUUUUUCCAAGAGUACCUGCCAUUAAAUUUUAUGGAGCUAUGUUGUUUUGGACAUGUCUCUUUUUACGUUUUCUAUAUAUGAAUAAAACUGCUCAGUUGUAAGCAUUGUACAGAAAAUACCA